AUUUUUGGAAGACAGAGAAACGUGGGACAUAUUCCGUCAAUUCUUGUGGGGCCCAGCCUUCUUAAUCAGCCCUGUCCUGGAACCUAAUGCCUGGAAUGUGACUGCCUACUUCCCCAAUGCCAGCUGGUAUGAUUAUUACACAGGCUCAGACAUUGGAGUGAGGGGACAGUGGAAGAACCUGCCAGCUCCUCUUGACCAUAUCAAUCUACAUAUCCGUGGGGGCUACAUCCUUCCAUGGCAAAAACCUGCAAAUAACACCCACUAUAGCCGGAAAAAUUCCCUGGGACUUAUUGUGGCUUUAUCUGACAAUGGGACAGCCGAAGGAGAGUUUUUCUGGGAUGAUGGACAGAGUAUUGAUACUUAUGAAAGGGGGAAUUACUAUUUCUCAACCUUCUCUGCCAGUCAGAAUCGCCUAGAUGUGAAGGUUACGCACAUGAACUACAGUGAUCCAGAUGGCCUAGCAUUUGAAGAGAUCAAAAUCUUUGGGUUGAAACUCAAACCAGCUAUAAUUUUUGUGACAGAAAAUAACAUUCCAGUCCAAUCUAAUGCUGAGAUCAAGUAUGAUCCUGCAACAAAGGUCAUUGACAUCACAGGGCUUCACCUUGAACUGGGCAAGGAAUACACAGUGGAAUGGUACCCUUACUUCAUAGAUAAAGAAAAAUUUGACUGCUACCCUGAUGAAGAUGGUGUCAGUGAAGAAAAGUGUCUUUUGCGUGACUGUGUCUGGGAGCCAGUCAGUUCCCCUGGAGUCCCUUUUUGCUACAUCACAGAAUAUUAUUAUGCUGCCUCUCAUGUUCAGAGUGGACCAGCAGGCCUAACAGCAACUAUCUCCCGAAUUCAGGGAGCCAGCCACUAUCCUUCUACUCCUAUAGAUCAGCUUCGCUUGGAGGUGACUUUCCAUACAAACAACAUGCUACAGUUCAAGGUAUGUUCAGCUUAG